CGCGUACCUGGCGUACAGCAAGUCCUUUAAAAAAGAAAAGAAAAAGUCUCUUCCUUUUCAUGAAGCUUGACUCUAGAGCAUCGCAUCCAUCUCCCCGCAGCACCCAACCCAGAAGCCGCCCGACGUCCGCAGGCACCAGCCACACAGGGACACCUGAGGGGGGCACUGCUGAGGACCUCCAUCAUUGUGGCUACCAUGAGGAUGUCAGGAGAUGAUGCUUGCAAAGCUGCCAGCCAACCGGAGAGCCUGACACUCCGUGGGCCCUUAGGACAUAGGAGAAGUUAUUGUUAUGCGAUAGCAGGGUGGGGAGGUGGUUAGGAAUCAGAGGUGUGGGUGGCCAAGCCUCCUGUUAUGGAGGGGGCUGAGGCAGGGGCCUGGGGCCUAGCCCCUGUGUGUCACAAUGUUGGGGGAACUAAUAUUUCUUCUGAGGAGUUUCCAUGGGUUCCUAGCUUCUUCUGGCACCCUAGGAGCGGUCUUGGCUUGGUUGGUAAGCUCCAAGCCCAUCUUGUUUGCCUUCCUCCUGCUGCUGCUGCUGCUCAGCACCUGGCUGGUCAGACAGGAACACAACUGGGCUCCCUCCCAGCCCCAGGAGGAGGCAGAAACAGCAAUGGCUCCAGCCGUGUGUCCCAACAACAACGUCACGAACAAGGAGGAGUUGGAGAAAAUUAAUGCUUGCUUAGCCCUCCAGGAUAAGGUCCUCGAACGGCUGAUGCUCAGUGAGAUGAAGCUGAAAGCCCUGGAAAACCAGGUGUUCGUCAUAUGGAAUAAAAUAAAUCGCCGCCGGUGGAAGAGCACACAGCAGGACUUCUCCAGGAGGAGGCACAGGUCAAGAAGGAAUGACUCCACGUUUUCCACCAUAUCUAAAUGUACUACCAUUACCCCCACUGAAUGUGAUUGAGAUGGGCUAGCCUUGGCUGAUGUGAUCUUGA